ACACUUGCCUGCAUUUGGCCCAUAUCCCUCCAAACCUUUCCAAUUCAUAUACUUAUCCAAAUGUCUUUUAAAGGCUGUGAGUGUACCUGCAUUUACCACAUUCACUGGUAGUUCAUUCCACAUACUAACCACUCUGUGUAAAACAGUUGCUGCUCAUGUCCUUAAAUUUCUCUACUCUCACCUUAUAAAAGCUCCCUAGUUUUGAACUUCCCUCCCCGAGGGUAAAGACCUGCGAUAGUCACCUUAUCUAUCCUCUCCAAGAUUUAAUAAACUUCUGAACAGUCACCCCUCAAUCUCCUGCACUCCAGUGGAAAAAUGUCCCAGCAAGUCCACCCUAUAACUCAAACCGUCUCUUCAUGGCAACAACUUGGUGAAUCUUUUCUGAAUCCUCUCCAGCUUAAUAAUACCCUUCCCUUCUCUGAAAUGUUCCCACUGCGUUUCUGAUUGAGCUGGGCAGUUUUGGAUUGCUCAUCCAGGUACACAAUGCCUCAUUAAUUUGGCAUAAAAGUAACCAGUGAUAAACUUUUGCCAGAAAAGCACAGACAAACAAGAUACUCCAGGGAUGUGCAUGGUAAGUUGGGCAGAAAUCAAGCAUGAGAGACAUUACAGAGACAUGGCAGGUAAUGAAUGUGGUGCAUUUAAUUUGGUUUGUUCUCCUUGUUUGAGAUGAUUCUUGCAAUCCUGUUUUAUUCUGCAAUGCUAAAGUCAUUUUCCUACUGCUGUCUCAGAAUGGUUCUGCGCAUUGCUGUAAAUGAUUUUACAUCCCAAUCGCCCUUGAGUGGCAAGUUUGGAGCAUCUAUGUCUGAGUGCAGACAGCUACUGGAAUAUGCAAAGGUCUUGAAUUUGGACACCAUCGGUGUUAGUUUCCAUGUUGGAAGUGGUUGUACUGAUCCAAAGAUUUUUGCUCAGGCCAUAGCUGAUGCACGUGUUGUCUUUGAUAUUGGGAUUAAUCUUGGAUUUCAGAUGUAUUUACUUGAUAUUGGAGGUGGAUUUCCAGGAACUGGAAAAGGAUAAGUCACGUUGGAACAGGUCGAACUCUUACGAUCCCAGCUAAUGCUGCUUGAAAUCUGGCUUGAUAGCUGAUAAGUUGUUGAUUCUUUCACUGAAACAUGAGCACACAAGACUACAGAUAUGAUUUUUACACUAAAACAGAAGUUUAUUACACAUUGAAAUAAAAAUCAAAUAAAACAAACUAUGCAAUCUAAAUAUAAUGCAGUUGGAAAAAUUUCAAAACACACAGCAAACCAAAGUCCAAUCUUUUUACCAACACUUCACAUUCAAGAGAACAUUGUGCUUUCUAUCUAAUCUACAGAUUUGACUUAACUGCUUCUUUUCAGCUCCUGCCUAGUGGAUUGUGAAGUCUUUUUCCUUGAAUAUUCACACAACUGAGAGACUAAACUUUCUCUGAGGACAUUGCUACUCUUUAACUACUUUGAACAAUAUUCUUUUCUAGAAUAAACUAUGCAACGCCUGACCCCAAUCAGGUCUCCAUCAAACUGAACUAAAGCAUUUGUACAAUAUCAAAACAGAUACUUACUAAUCCUGGAUUCUGAUGGCUUGGUGUUUUCUCUCCCAGUGCAAACCUCCACACUAUUAGCAAAAUCCCAUUCUUGCAAUCAUCUGCUCCCUGUCACAAAAGGUUUAAAGCCCAUGGUUCCAGAAAGACUCACAUAAUUAAUUUAUAAACCCUACACAAAAAUAUGACCACCAUAAAAUCCAAACACUACAAAAAAAAGCCUGAAAAUGAUAUUGAAGAUGAAUAAUUUUUUUUAUUAACAUUAACAUUAACGUUUAUCUUAUGAAGAGAGGUUGACUGAGCUCAGACUUUUUUCAUUGGAGAAAAGGAGGAGGAGAGGGGACCUAAUUGAGGUAUACAAGAUAAUGAGAGGCAUAGAUAGAGUUGAUAGCCAGAGGCUAUUUCCCAGGGCAGAAAAGGCUAACACGAGGGGUCAUAGUUUUAAGCUGGUUGGAGGAAAGUAUAGAGGGGAUGUCAGAGGCGGGUUCUUUACACAGAGAGUUGUGAGAGCAUGGAAUGCGUUGCCAGCAGCAGUUGUGGAAGCAAGGUCAUUGGGGUCAUUUAAGAGACUGCUGGACAUGCAUACGGUCACAGAAAUUGGAGGGUGCAUACAUGAGGAUCAAUGGUCGGCACAACAUCGUGGGCUGAAGGGCCUGUUCUGUGCUGUUCUGUUCUAUGUUCUAUGUGAAAUUGAAAGUGUGUGUGCACAAGCACAGAAACACAUACGUUACCUCUUUUAAACUUCACAUUACAGCAGCUCUUUUUACUGUUUAACUAAUCUUCAUAGUCUCAUUCGGGGUAGUCCUGGCAGUGUCAGGAUAAGCACUAGCUACUGGCUGACUACAAGACAUCCUAAGAAGGAAGGCACCAUGGAUACCAGUCUAAGGUGAGCCCACGUUUCACUGACAGGGAGGGAUUAGGUACAUUACGGAGAUUGAGUUGAGGAAUGGGAGGAACUGGCUGGGUUUGGAGGUUAAUGUGAAAAGGGAAGAAAUAUCCUGGGAGUAGGGAAUCCCAACUGGAAUACAGCAGCUAUUGGGUGGAGAUAAAAUUCUUCCUUACCAUAUUUAUAUAUGAGAUGAUAAAGAGGUAGGCUGACAUCCUUUGUUCCACUUUUCUCAGCUAUAUCUAGUAGUGCAGCAGGUCUGUAUACAGACUUUCAAUUUGGCUAAUGAUUGGUCUAAGAGAGAACAGCUACAUGACGCUCCACCUUCCCAUGGUAUUACAUUGAAGGGGCAGGGGAAAAGCUCAGUAGUCUUGCUAUUGUCCCAUUUUACAUGUGCUUCCCAACUGCAAAUAUGCCAGCAGCACGGCUAUACUAUUCACUGGGAAGUGUCGGAGUCUCAGAAGAUUUGAAUGAGCUGGAGGUCCAAGGCCUGAAACAGUGAAGUAAAUAUGGCAAAGUACUUGCAAUCUUGAACAUUUUCUGAGACUCUGUUUGUCCUGUGGGUUAGACAGUGGAAAACUGAACCUCUUAUGAUUGAUUCAGAAACAAGACCUUCCUUACACAGCAAUCACAAGUUUGCAUUACUGAAAUGUGCUAGUUAUUUGUAAUACAUUAAUAAAUUGUCUGUGCAAGUUAUUCCUAGUCAGUGGCCAAGGCUAUCAUCAUAAAAACCAGGCUCGGGGAGUUCUAGUGCCUAAUCUAUUUAAAAAGGUUGGAUUAAAAAAAAGCAGAUGUGUUAUUGGUUAAAUUAUUUUGAGGUCACGGUUAUACCAUUUUACGUAUCCUUUGCUGCAAUGGUUGAGCCCUUACCCCUGAACCGGGAGGCGUGGCUUCAAAACCCACUUUCUCUAGAGGCAUUUAACAAUAUAAGUCCUGCCAGAGUAUUCAUGCAUUUGUGCUGCUGAAGUUACCAGCCAAUAAGAUGGAAUUUU